AUGGCACUGCACGGAUUGCUCAGACAGACCACAAAGGAGGAGCACCCAAGACCAUACUCUUCACUGAGCAUUGCACGGGCCCCAACUCGGGCUACCGAGCAUCAGCCGUCUUCAGCAUGGUCAUCUCGGCCGAAUACCGCUCGGGGGGACGUCUCUCGGCAGAGCAAUCGUGAAGGCUACAACCUGGAAAGUCAGCCGGUAGCACGGCCACUGCGCUUGGAAAAUGCAAGUGCGGAUCUGAUCAAAGACUUGGAGCGCCUCAGUGGCCGGCGUCCGCGUUGUCAGCUUGCUGAGGAGCUGGUGCACAAAGCCAACGACAAGUUAAAUGAGUUUAUGGGCUUCCACAUCUACCUGGCAGAGGACAGGCAGACGAUCGGCACAGAUCUUGAGAGUGAGCCUUUGAAGCAGCUCAAUGCAAAGUUCGUUGAGCUGGUCUCCGACAUCGAAGCGGCCCUGGCCGGGACGGAGGAAGCGACACUCCCUCCUCUGACAGUUCGACCGAACGGAACCGUCCUUGAGGAGUCUUUGGAGGAAGGAAAGAAGCUCUUUGUGGUGAUCCCUUUGCCGUGCCGGAGGGUGGAGGUGCUGGUGAACUUAACCCGGAUCUCAGGUGAUGUGCACCUCUAUGGCUCAGACAUUGACCCUCGGCCGUCAGCAAGCUCGGAGCUCGAAGAAGAGGGCGGUGAGCUCUGUUACCGUCACGAUCCCGACAUUGGAGGCAACCGCUCCAGCGGAAUUGUGAGAACAGCGCUAUAUCUUUGCAUCCAAGCUGACGAGCAGCAAAAGGCCAGUUUCCGUCUUCGCGUUUUUCAGAAAAGGCUCAUGGAGAACGGGAACCAGUGGGGGGUGGCCAGCCUGCAAACCGCCUGCAAACGGGUCGAGCAGAAGCUGGCCGUGAUAAGGAGCGACCAGGCGCAUCGGACUAAGUUCGAGGAACGGCUAAAGGAAGCCAAGGAGCACUUGAGGCAGAAGAGCGGCGCCAGCAGCAGGGACUUCUGUCGACUCAACCACCUCCGAGCACGAACCUGGGGAACAGACAGGGCCCGCAGCACUGGGAUCCAGCGCCAGCGCCUACUGAAGCGACAGGCGGCAGAGUUUCGCCGAGAGCAGCUGGACUCGAAGAGAGAGGAGAGGAUGCAAUGGUGGCUUGAUCGCCCCGAGCUCCGAAGACUGGAGAAGGAAAGGGAGAUGCAAAGAAGACACGAGGCCUUGCAGAUGGAAGAAAGACGGGCGGAGUGGAUGACCAAGUUGGCUAUGGCCAGCUUCGUCAUCGUGCUGUUCAAGGUCAAGACGUUGCAAAGCCACGUGAAAAGAGGAAAAAGAUCCUCCGGACACGGUCGAAAUUUGAAGCAUUUCGUGCGCCAGUCUUCGGACAGAGUUCAAGCCGGACCUCUCACCGUCACCGAUCAUUCAGUGCCAGAGGAACCAGACGAGAAGCCGGAUCAUCCGGACCCAAGCGCUCGCCUCGCGACAGAUUCCGAAAUUAUCAUCGACGAUUUGCAAAGCUGGACGCCUUCUGCCUAG